GUCAGCUCUCCAUGUGCUUCAUUUGUUGGGCGAAGAAGUUCGAGGAAUGACGAUGAGGCGGUUGUGGACAGAGGAGGAACACGGUCCCAACAGAGAACCAACUUUGAGCAGGAAGAUUUGGAAGGCCACAGGACACUCUACAUCGGGGUCCACGUCCCCUUAGGCAACACCAGGCACCGCAGCCAUCACAGGCACCGUCACCAUGGGAAGAAACAGUGGAGGAGGAGGAGCAGGGAGCGGAGCCUCCCUUUGGUGGAGGGGAGAGAGUCACCAGUUUAUGACACCCCCUCUCAGAGGGUGCAGUUCCUGCUGGGAGCAGAAGAUGAUGACGAGGAGCACAUCCCCCAUGACCUCUUCACUCAGAUGGAUGAGAUCUGUGUGCGAGAUGGAGAGUGCGACUCUGAGUGGAGGGAAAGUGCCAGGUGGCUGAAGUUUGAGGAGGACGUGGAGGACGGAGGUGAGCGAUGGAGUAAACCCUACGUCGCCACGCUGUCCCUGCACAGUCUGUUUGAGCUGCGCAGCUGCAUCAUCAACAGCACAGUGAUGCUCGACAUGAGGGCUAACAGCAUCGAGGAGAUUGCAGACAUGGUGUUAGACAACCAAGAGUUGUACUCGCCGCUGGGAGAAGAGCUCAGACAGAAAGUGCGUGAGACUCUCCUGAAGCAGCACCAUCACCAGAACCAGAAGAAGUUGGCUAAUCGCCUGCCGAUUGUACGUUCCAUCGCUGACAUGGGCCGACGGGCGUCAGAGCUCCAUCUGGACAAGAAUGGUCAGUUGACGGCCUCCCAGUCUCAGUUAGCAGCUCCAGAUGGCAAAGGAGACAUCAGCAGAGAGAACAGUUCUGUGGACUUCAGCAAGAUAGACCUUCACUUCAUGAAGAAGAUCCCACCGGGUGCAGAGGCGUGUAAUGUGUUGGUGGGAGAGCUGGACUUCCUGAACAAGCCGGUGGUGGCGUUUGUCCGUCUUUCCCCUGCGGUUCUGCUCAACGGGCUGGCUGAAGUCCCCAUUGCUACAAGGUUUCUGUUUAUAAUUUUAGGACCCUUGGGUCGGGGGGCCCAGUAUCACGAGAUCGGACGCUCCAUAGCAACUUUAAUGACAGACGAGGUUUUUCAUGAUGUUGCCUAUAAAGCUAAAGACCGGAAUGAUCUGAUUGCCGGUAUCGAUGAAUUUCUCGAUCAAGUGACUGUUCUGCCUCCGGGAGAAUGGGACCCGUCCAUACGGAUAGAGCCACCAAAAAACGUACCUUCUCAGGAAAAAAGAAAGAAAAGCAACAUUUUACCAAAUGGAUUAGUGGAGGGCGAGGAGGAAGAUGAGCACGAUGGCCACGGUGGUCCAGAACUGCAGCGAACUGGGAGGUGGUUUGGUGGUCUCUUUCUGGACAUCAAGCGGAAGGCCCCCCACUAUCUGUCUGACUACACUGAUGCUUUUAGUUUGCAGUGUGUUGCCUCUUUCUUAUUCCUCUACUGUGCCUGCAUGUCUCCUGUUAUCACCUUCGGAGGACUGCUGGGCGAAGCGACGGAAGGAAGAAUAAGUGCAAUUGAGUCCCUGUUUGGCGCCUCUCUGACUGGAAUAGCCUACUCCCUGUUUGCUGGGCAGCCCCUCACCAUUCUGGGGAGCACRGGCCCCGUGCUGGUGUUUGAAAAGAUCCUGUUUAAAUUCUGCAAGGAGUACGGCUUGUCGUAUCUGUCGCUGAGAACCUGCAUCGGCCUGUGGACGGCCUUCCUCUGCAUUCUGCUGGUGGCCACGGAUGCCAGUUCCCUUGUUUGCUACAUCACCCGUUUCACGGAGGAAGCGUUCGCCUCACUCAUCUGCAUCAUUUUCAUAUAUGAAGCCUUGGAGAAACUUUUGCACCUGGGAGAAAUCUUUCCCUUCAAUAAAAACAACAACUUGGACAAACUCACCACGUACUCAUGUUCCUGCGUUGAGCCUCCGGACCCCUCUAAUGUGACUCUAAAGUUCUGGGAGCUCAACAACGUCACCGCCUCUGAAAUCUACUGGGAAGCUCUGGAGGUGAAGGACUGCGUUGAAAAGCGAGGGGAGUUUGUUGGAACGGCCUGCGGGCCUCACGGACCCUACGUUCCUGAUGUUCUCUUCUGGUGCGUCAUUCUCUUCUUUUCUACUGUCGUCAUGUCUGCCUUCCUCAAGGAGUUCAAGUUCAGCAAUUACUUUCCCACAAAGGUGCGCGCCAUCAUCAGUGAUUUUGCGGUUUUCUUCACUAUUCUCACCAUGGUCUUGGUCGACUACGCCUUAGGGAUCCCAUCUCCAAAACUAAAGGUUCCCAGUGUGUUUAAGCCAACCAGAGACGAUCGAGGCUGGUUUAUCAACCCACUGGGGCCCAACCCCUGGUGGACGGCAGUCAUAACUCUCAUACCGGCUCUGCUUUGCACCAUCCUCAUCUUCAUGGACCAGCAGAUUACAGCCGUCAUCAUCAACAGGAAGGAAAACAAACUCAAGAAAGGCUGCGGAUACCACCUGGACCUGCUGAUGGUCGGGGUGAUGCUGGGCGUGUGCUCUCUGAUGGGCUUGCCGUGGUUUGUAGCGGCCACCGUCCUCUCCAUCACCCACGUCAACAGCCUGAAGCUGGAGUCGGAGUGCUCGGCUCCCGGGGAGCAGCCCAAGUUCCUCGGGAUCAGAGAGCAACGCGUCACGGGCCUCAUGAUCUUCACCCUGAUGGGCUCCUCGGUCUUCAUGACCUCGGUGCUGAAGUUUAUUCCAAUGCCUGUGCUGUAUGGAGUAUUCCUUUACAUGGGAGCAUCUUCUCUCAGAGGAAUUCAGUUUUUUGAUCGUCUCACGUUGUUCGGCAUGCCAGCCAAACAUCAGCCAGACUUCAUCUACUUACGACACGUCCCCUUGAGGAAGGUGCAUCUCUUCACCAUCAUCCAGCUCAGCUGUCUGGUUCUGCUGUGGGUCAUCAAGACCUCGAGGGCUGCCAUUGUCUUCCCGAUGAUGGUGUUGGCUCUGGUGUUCAUCAGGAAACUAAUGGACUGUAUUUUCACCAAAAGAGAGUUGAGCUGGCUGGAUGAUCUCAUGCCAGAGAGCAAGAAGAAAAAGCUUGAAGAUGCAGAGGAGGAAGAAGAGCAGAGCAUACUCGCAGAGGAUGAAGGAGUAGUGCAGCUGCCGUUAGGCGGGUAUACAGGAAUCCCAGUUAUCAACAUCACAGAUGAGAUGUCAAAAGGUUCAUUUGGAAAUACCUGGAACGCCAGUGAUUAGGAAAAAAAAACUUAGUCAUUUGAUAAAAGUGUCAUCAAAACACAAAAAUCUUUUUAAGCACAAAAUUAGUUUGACAACAAUAUAACACUUACCAGCACCUUUAGAGUUAAAUAACUAAUUAUGCAUAUUUCUUUACAUUAAAAAACAGAAGAAAAUGUGCUUUUUUGUUAUUUGAUUUAGUUUAUUCAAAUGCUACAUUAAAUUUGCACAAUUUUAUACAUAUAUAAAUAUAAUGAAAUAAGCCAUUCUACUAAAAAGUUUUUUUUUUAUUAUUGACUGUAUUUCAUCUGUUUGCUUUGCUGUAAGAAUAUUUGUCAGCAUCAAGUGCAAAGGUUUUAGAAAUAGGUCAUUGCAUAAUAUUUACAGCACUUUAUACCUGCUAGUUUUACAUCUUCUUGGUAUUUUUUUUUAUCAUUCUAGAAUAUCAUUGAGCAAUACAAGAGGAAGAAAUAACACAUCGUGUUGAGUAUUUUCACUGUUUCCUCUGAGUGUCAGGAAACAAGUCAGCAUUCUGAAUUUUCAUUCCUUCAAACUUUUGUCUUGCGAAUCUGCGUGCGAGUGGAUAAAUGUGAAACCCGACCGCUCGUAACUGAUCUUCUCGAGAACGAUUUGCUCCAACUUCUGUCGUGCUGUUACUCUGAAUUGUUCUGAAUCCAGACGGGUUUUUAAAUGUGACCCACCGAAGCACAAAUCUCUGAUGUCUGACAGUAAAAUAGGAAAUAUAUUGCACUAUUUAAAAGCCAAAUGCAAUAGCCCUUUCUGCCAAAAGAAAAUGACCAUGUUUAUGUAAGAAACUAUUUAAGUAUUUAUUAAUAUUUUUGUGGUGUUUUUAUUAAUUUUGUGUUCSAUUCUGAAGAUGUAACCAAUAAAACUUGCAGCAUUUUGCUUUCUGUGGCAGUGUACUGCUGACAGUGUUAGUAUAUUUGUUUACAAUCUACCAUGUCAAUAAUCACAAAGUAUUUUAAAGUGGUUCAAACAAUAUUUUAAGGUUGCUACAAUUUCGAAAGGCAAAAAAAGUUUGUUUAUGGAAAGACAAAUUUUAAGUCUUUAGUAAUAUUUUUAAUAAGCAUUUGAUGUCAAUGUGAUAUUCUUAAAACAUUUUUAUGAGCGUUAUUGUUCGUGCUGUUUAUUUGAAUAAUCAUGCAUAUGUUUGUUUAAARUCUGUUAGCUGAGUGAAUAAAAAUCUACA